AUGCCACUACACGGGAACGGAUCCGCAUGGAUCUGGGCCUUGCGUUUACAUGGACACGAGAAAACAUGCAAGGACACAACCUUGGGGAAUAAGUACCGGGGAGUUAAGAAUCAUACACGUGGUGGCUUGCCUUGCCAAAAUUGGGCGUCUCAAGAACCACACAAUCAUACAAGGACACCAGAACGAUAUCCUCAUUCCGGUUUGGUUGACAAUUUCUGUAGAAAUCCAGAUAAUGAGCCGGACGGACCAUGGUGCUACACAACAACCGACAUGAGAUGGGACUACUGUGGAGUCAAAUAUUGCCGCUUGAAACAUCUGAAGAUUACACAUGCUGGCCUGGACGAAAACUACUGCAGAAAUCCUGACGAGAAACCCUAUGGUCCUUGGUGUUAUACAACAUCGAAAGAAAAAAGAUGGGAGUACUGUGAUGGAGAGGGAAGUGUUGUACAAGCUAGUUGGAGUAUCAGAAAGCAGUCAACAAGUUGGACUUUGUUUUAA